CAUGGCCGUGUACGAUCAAUGAAUGGGUUUAUAUGAAAAAAAUGUACAUUUAAAAAAAAAAACAAUUAAGUGUGUGGAAUAUGUUUGAGUGUGAAUUUUUUUGAAAUAAAAGUGGUGAAUUUUGUGUAAAUGGGCAAUGGGAAAAGAUCAAGAGCUGUUAGAAGCAGCUCGAAAUGGCAAUAUUGCUGUCGUGGAAAAAAUACUUGGCCAAAAAGCUAAGAGGAGUGGUCCUCUUGCAAGCUUACGGCGUGGUCCAGGUGCCAAUGUCCAAGAUAGUAGUGGAUAUUCAUCGUUACAUCAUGCCGCACUCAAUGGUCACCGAGAAAUCGUACGAUUAUUGUUGGCACAUGAAGCAUCCACAAAUAUUGUGGAUGUUAAAGGUUCAUCACCAUUACAUUUAGCAGCAUGGACUGGUAAUGUUGAUGUUGUACGAUUACUACUUUGUCACGGUCCAUCAGUUCCUAAUGUUAAUCUUACGACGAAAGACAACGAGACUGCUCUUCACAGCGCUGCCCAAUAUGGUCAUGCCGCUGUGGUUGCUCAAUUAUUAGAGCAUGGUUGUGAUCCAUCAAUACGAAAUAGUCGACAAGAAACAGCUUUGGAUUUAGCUGCGCAAUAUGGCAGAUUAGAAACAGUAGAAUUAUUAAUUCGUACACAUCCAGAAUUAAUUGAACCAAUGCGACGAGCUUAUUCCAGUAUCUCCUUUUCACAUACUCCAUUACAUUUAGCUAGCAGAAAUGGCCAUAAAUCUGUUGUUGAAGUUCUACUAUCAGCUGGUGUAGAUGUGAAUAUACGAACAUCCGCUGGUACAGCACUUCAUGAAGCAGCAUUAUGUGGUAAAGUUGAAGUUGUACGAACGUUAUUAGAUCAUGGCGUUGAUCUAAAUAUUAAAGAUAAGCAAGAUAACACAGUUAUGGAUUUGUUAAAUCAAUUCCCAGCACAUGUUACACAAGAAACAGUUAAUUUAAUUAAAAGAUAUCGUGGCUCACAUGUAAUGGACUGCAGUGAUAUGGAUCCAGAUCGUGAAAGUUUAAGUCAAUCGUUACCACCAAUACCUGUACCUGAUUCAACACUUGGUAGUCCGUAUGAGAAUGUUCGACCGUCGUCACGUGGUCGUACGCGUACAGCAUCACCAAAUAGUACAUCACCUUCACGAUGGGAUUUUUAUCGACAAUCAAAAUCGGUCGAUGACGCUAUCGAUGAUCGACGAAAAUCUGGUGCUUCAGCAUUAUCUUUAAGUUCGGAUAAUAGUUACUAUCAAAAUUCACCAGCACCAAAAUCAUUUAUGGAUCCAUGUUUUCAUUCAUCAGAAGAGUAUCCGUCGUCCAUGUACAGACAACGAGAUUCGGACCAAAUAAGCAUAUCGUCAACGGCAUCUAGUACUGGUGGUAUGACAUCGUCUAGAGAUCGUGAUCAUCGUCAAGCUGAUAAUUCAUCAAAUAAUAUUUAUUUACCAAUGGGUCCACGUUCGAGUGCUCAUAGUCCUGGUUCAAAUAAUAAAGUUUCGCCAACACCGCCAAAGAAACCACCACGUCGAAAUUUAUCCGUAUCACCAACACAUUUAACACCAAUGUCAAUGUCAGCAGAUAGUACGAACGCCAUUAACAAUCAUGCUUACGAAUAUCUAUUUUUAGCGCGAAGUGGUGCUCGAAGUCAAGGUGAUCUCGAAGAAAUCGGUAGUCGUACUUUACAACAUGGCCGUAGCGUAGACACGUACGUAGAAAUGAAUAAACGAUUUAGUAUAGCGCCUCAAGACCAUACAUUAUUACAACGAGGACGUAGUGAGGAAUUAGUUUUAGACGAUUACAAUAAGGAUGUAGCCCCAUCAACCCCAGUUACCAAUAACAAUCAACGAUUACAACCUGUGGCCAUAACCGCUGUCUAUGAGAAUGUUGCCAUAAAAACACAAAACCCACGACGUAAACUACGUCGACAUCAUGACGUUUACGAGAAUUUCGAGUUACGUCAUAACGAUCCAGUAAAAAAUACUUCCUCAACACCAAAUAUCACGGAAAAUGUCAGAUUAUCGACAUUCGUAUCGAAUGCUUACAUUAUGUUAAAAUCCUCGGAAGAGAGUUUAAUCGAUGACCAUCGAAAUAGUGGAGAAGGGCACACACAUCAAGGUUCACCACAUCACACGAAACAAUUGAAGCGUGUCACGCAAUUACAACAGCAGCAACAACAAACCCCAACAAGUCCCACACAUUAUAAACAACCUCCUACACCGGAUCAUCCGCCGCCUACGCCAAUGCAAGCGGAAAAUACAAUACAUGAUCGUAUUAGGCCGUUAAGUCAGGAAUAUAAACGACGUUCACGUGAUAUUGAAACUGAAACGGAUGAAGAUUUUCUAAUGUUUCCGGCAUUGGAUGAAUCAAGUGGUAGUUUAUCGAGUAGUAUUUCAUUAUCGGAUCGAAGUAUAUCGACUGAUAAUAAUGUUGAAGAGUUUGUUUGUGAUGUACCAUUUGCAGGUUUAUUUAAAGGAUCGACAACGGCUCUGGACGGAGUUGGUGGGGCCCGGCCAGUGCCGGCCGAACGGCCAAAAACAUUGCGACGUUUAAAAAAUGUGUACGAAACACCCACGGCUAACAUCAAUGGAAACAAUGAACCAUCAUCACGACAACAUUACGAUGAUGAGUCACCACAAGAAUGUACGGUCACAAAACGUACAAAAAAUUCCAAUAACAGUACAUCAUCUUCAUCACAAUCCACAACGUCACAAUCGAAUAAUGAUAAAGAUAAAUCAUUAUCAAUACUUAGUCCGUUCGACGAACAAGAGGAAUGGGCUAAAAUAUCUGAAAUUAUGGCAUCAAUUGGAACGGGUCUAGUACGUGAAUCGGUUUUUGUUACAGAAUUAGAACAAGAAUUUCAAGCUCGAUUAGGUUUAAGUUGUUCACAAAAUAGUUUAAGUAAUCUAGUGAUAACACCAAUUGGACAAUGGUUAAGUACCUUAGGAUUGGUGGAAUUUGAAUCAGUAUUUUUAAAUAAUGGCUAUGAUGAUAUAGAUUUUAUUAAUGGUGUAUUAGAAGAAAACGAUUUAAGAGAAAUGGGUAUUACGAAUGAAGAAGAUCGUACAUUAAUAUUAAAUGCAUGUAAACAAUUAUCACAUAAAAUUGAAGAAUUAAAUUGUAAAAAUUUUAAUAAUAAUAAUUUAAAUGAACCGAAUGAUUCUGUAGAACAAUGGUUACAACGAAUUAAUUUACAACAAUAUUCCGAAACGUUUCGUAAACAUUUAUAUUUAGAUAUGGAACGUGUACGUCGUAUUUGGGAAAUAGAAUUAACGGCAGUAUUAGAAAUACAUAAAAUUGGACAUCGAAAACGUAUUUUAGCAUCGGUAUCAAAUAAACAAAAUGGUGUUGGACCUAAUUUAGAUGAAAUUCAUGCGGAUUUACAUAUACUGGAAACAAAUAUUCAACAAUUAAAAGAAGAUAUUCACGGAACGACAACAAAUACACAAACAACAACAUCUACACAACCAUCUAGCACGAAUAUAACUUCAUCCCCAGCCGCAAAUCAACAACCACAAACAAAUACUGGUACAUUACGACAUAAUCAUAAGAAAAACCGACCCGCUCCACAGCCACCUGGAAAAUCAGCAUCAGAUUUACGUAUACGUGCACCGUCUGAAUUAUUAGUAGGUGUUCCUGCCACGUUACGUACACAAUGGCGACAUAAACCUACGGAUCUUGUAGUCGGUUCAAUUAAUUACGUAGCGAAUUAUUUGGGAUCAACUGUUGUGAAAGAAUUAAGAGGAACAGAAUCAACGAAGAAAUCUAUACAAAAGUUAAAGAAAAGUACAUCAAAGGAUCAAAAAAUAUUAGAUAUUAUUUUAUCGAUAUCGUAUCGAGGAGUUAAAUUUUUAAACACACUUACAAGGGAAUUGGUGUGUGAACAUGAAAUACGAAAUAUCCAUUGCGCAUGUCAGGAUGCUGAUGAUUUAACACAUUUUGCGUACAUAACCAAAGAUCAUGCUACCCAAAAUCAUUUUUGUCAUGUAUUUUGUGUACAAACAAUGGCCAAAGCUACGGAAAUAAUAUUAACAUUAGGACAAGCAUUUGAAGUGGCUUACCAAAUGGCACUACGUGAACAACAACAAGCCAUCAAUAAAUCCGGUCAUACACGAUCACAAUCAGCGAAUCAAUUAGCUGCCACAGCAACAAGUCCAUCGGAUCCACAUAAAACCUUAAGCAAUGGUAUUGGUCCACCAACAUCAUCGUCUACAACUAAUCAACCACCAGUGGUGACACAUGCACGAUCUCAUUCUGUGAAUGAAAUUAAAUUAAAUGGUCAUCAAUUAUCAUUAGCGCCAGCGUUAUCUAUGUCCACAGAGGAUUUUUCACGUAGUGGGGAUCUUUCUACGCAACAGCAACAACAAACUCCAACAAGUCAAAAGGCUUCCAUUGCAAUUAAAAACGAUGUAUAGAAUUUUUAGAGGUGAAAGGUUAGUAAUUUUUUUGUAGGAUUCGUAUUUUGGAUUUAAA